CGAAGGGUGUAAUAGGAGUGGUGCAUGAAACUUUGAAUAAUCAUAACAACAGGGGGAGUGGAGGUGGGAAAAAUUAUGUGUGGGACAGAUUCUUACCUGAGGAUUCAGCUCAUUGAUCUUCUCAAUGGCUGCCCGGAUGUUGCCCGAGUGGAUGAAGGUCCGAAUCUCAACACGUUCCUGAAUCGACUCCAGAUCGGUCCGCAGUUGGAUAUUGGCCUCGACUGCAAAUUUACUCGCAGCGGCAGGGUAGCCAUUGGUGAUGAGGUAGUCCAUGACCAGAUAAUUGAUGUCACUAGAGCUUGGUAUUAGCAACUGUGCCAGAUAACCAAGUCAAGUUGAUAGGCAGAACAAAUAUGUGACGAAGGGGUCAGGUGAACAAGUCAAUGUGUUUCUCCUCAUUUAAUUUCAGAGAGAUUCCCAACUUGAGUUUAAGAUCAUCAUUGUCACGGCAAGGUCGCGGUGGGAGGGGGAAAGAAAUGGAAAGGGAUGGGUGGGAGGAAGGAGGACGGCGACUCACGUUUUGGACGGCUUGACCUCGUCGACCUUCCGCUCAAACUGGUGCCAUGUUGGCGUCGCAGUUGAGGGGGUACGAGACAUCUGUGCAGUGUUAAAAACCCCCCAGCAUCUCACAUGUCAACACGCCGAGCAGCAUACAAGAUUAGCGGAGGACAUUGUGUAGUUGUACACUACCAGCGUGUGGUAGGAAUUGCAGGAAAAUCAGCUAUGUGACAAGCUGAAGGGCGGCCCGAGAGACGACAGCCAUGGAGGAAAGGCAGAACGCUUGGUGGGAGAAAAAGCCCUGGAGAAGAGAAGUGAGAAGAAAAGAGGAAGUUGGGAAACGCGGAAGAAAGAAAAUGACUUCAGUGAUUAUGUCAGCCACAAGCGAAACCCGGGUCACGCGCUAAGCCCAAUUGAUCGCAAAUGAGACGAGUUCAGCAAAACCGCUAGAUAACGACCGCCAUACCCGGGUCAAGUCCGAAGGUCCAUUUCCCGAGAAUCUGUGUCCGGGUGCCAUGGUGUGAGGCUCCUCUGAAGGUGAACAUGGAGUCGACAUCGCCAUUCUAUUCCCUUAUCCCGGAGGUCAAGUACUCUCCGCCAUGGCAGGACUUGAGCAUCAUUGGCAUUGCUGGGAGCUCCGGCUCCGGCAAAACUUCAGUUGCGAUGGAGAUUGUCAAGUCGCUGAAUCUGCCUUGGGUGGUUAUUCUGGUCAUGGAUUCGUUUUACAAGACCUUGACUCCCGAGGAACAUAGCAAGGCUCAUGCCAAUGAAUAUGACUUUGACUGCCCAGAGUCAAUUGAUUUUGACCUUUUGGUAGAGACUCUCGAGGAUCUGAAGCAAGGCAAGAAGGCGCAUAUUCCGGUCUAUUCGUUUGCCGAUCACCAGCGGCAAACCCAAACUACCACGCUUUAUUCCCCUCGAGUGCUCAUUCUCGAGGGAAUUUUGGCUCUCCACGAUCCUAGAAUUUUGAAGCUACUCGAUGUUAAGAUCUUCGUAGAGGCUGACAUGGAUGUCUGCUUGGGACGCAGAGUCCUCCGUGACGUUCGCGAACGAGGUCGAGACAUCGAGGGCAUUAUCAAGCAAUGGUUCACCUUUGUGAAGCCCUCUUACACCAGAUAUGUCGAACCUCAGCGACAGAUAUCCGACAUCAUCAUUCCUCGUGGUAUUGAAAAUACCACCGCUAUUGACAUGGUCGUGAAGCACAUCCAGCGCAAGCUGCAGGAUAAGUCAGAGAAACAUACGGAGGCUCUCCGGAAGCUUGGUCUGUUGGUGGCCAAGGUUGAACUGCCGGCCAACGUGCAUGUUAUGCCCCCGACGCCGCAAUUCGUAGGAAUGAACACCGUUCUGCAAGACCCAGCGACGCAACAUGUUGAUUUUGUGUUCUACUUUGAUCGACUUGCCUCGAUCCUCAUUGAGAAAGGCCUGGAUAUGACAACAUACAUUCAGACCACGGUGGAAACGCCACAAGGUAACAAGUACAUGGGCCUGAACCCGAAGGGCGCUGUAUCUGCAGUUGCCAUCUUACGUGGAGGUUCUUGCUUGGAAACUGCCUUGAAGCGGACCAUCCCAGAUUGUAUCACUGGUCGUCUUCUGAUCCAGACUGAUGAAAGCAGUAGCGAGCCAGAACUGCAUUACCUUAAGCUUCCUCCCCAGCUCGAGGAGCAUUCCAUGGUCAUGCUCUUGGAUCCGCAGAUGGCAAGUGGAGGAGCUGCCCUGAUGGCCGUCCGUGUCUUGAUUGACCACGGUGUGCAGGAAGAAAAGAUUGUUUUCGUCACUUGUGCUGCCGGUGAAACCGGUAUCAAACGACUCGUUGCAGUCUUCCCCAAGAUCAAUGUCAUUGUUGGUCGUAUUGAGGCGGAUGGGGAGCCACGCUGGAUAGAGAAGCGUUACUUCGGAUGCUAGACUGUCAUGCCGGGCUCUGUCAUCUCAUAUUACUCCAUCCAUGGUAAAUACGGAUGUUGCUCUAGUCAAUGAAGUAUAUACGUUUUGUGGCCUUCUAGAUUUCCAAUGUGGGGC